UUAAGUAGUGUCAAUUCUGACCGAAACGAAAUUAAUUCGAUCCAAAUCCGAGAUGGAUACGAUAUUAUUGAUUUAAUUAAUUAAUAUUAUUAAAGUGUAUUAACAAUUAAAAGGAAAUUAAUAUAUGUAAACAUCUUUUUCAAAAAUUCAUAUAAAAUGGAUUCAGGAGACUAUAAAACUAGAAAACAAGUGAACUAUGAUCAGCUGAAAGCAAUGAUAGAUUUCUUGAAAGAGCACCAACAACUAGCCAAGGGUCUGAUGAGAGGCCGUCGAGGGAAGCUUCAUACACUUAAGUUGUGGAACCUUUGUGCAAAGAAACUGAAUGGACACAAAGGUGGAGCUGUUAAAGAUGGCAAAGGAUGGUCAAAGUAUUGGUGUGAUUGGAAAUAUAGAGUUCGUAGAAGAGCCCUAGAGUUAAAGGCAGCAAAGGACAGCAACCGGCCAGCUCCUGACAUCACACCAUUAUCAAACCUUGAGGAAUCCAUAUUAAGUAUAAUCGGGGAUAAUGCUGUUGAUGAUGUUGUCAUUAAAAGUGAUCCUCUGGCUCAAGGUGAUACCGAUGAAGAUGAACCAGAUAACACAGAAAUUAAUGAUGACAUCACAGACAAUCAAUUUACAGUGAGUGAACCUGUAUAUAAUAAAAAGAAGAAACGACGGUAUUCGUCCAGAGAUCUAUCAGAUUUGGAUGAUGGUGCUGGACCAAGCAGCCCUCCAGCACGGAAAGCCAGGGUGGGUGUCAGAAAUGGUGAUACAGAGGAUACAGACAACGAUGACGAAGCCUCAGAAUUCUUAAGUUUGGAAAGAGAAAAAUUAGAAAAUAGCAAAAAAAUGUGCGAUUCGAUACAAACAAUAGCCUCCGAAAUUACUAGGCUGGCUGACAUCAUGAGUCAUAUUAGAGAUGUUAUACUAAAUAAUCGAAUUACUAUAUAAAAUUUUGGCUAUUAUU